AUGGGUCGGUCCUGGGUACUUCUACUGCUGUCGGUGGUGUUGUCGACGUUCGCGUCCGUGUCCGCACAUUAUUAUCAUUAUCAGCAGCAUCAGCAGCACGAGCAAACGGAUCCACCAUUUCGGAUCGAGGAAGAGGACGCGAUCCUUACGGUUCCUCAGCUCGUGUGGAAGUACGGCUACGAGAUCGAGAUGCACGAGGUGCAAACGGAAGACGGCUACUUGCUCGAUCUGUACCGUAUCCCAGGUCGACGAGCCACGUCUGAUCACCCAGGACAGCGCCCGUAUCGAGCCGCACCGGUAUUCCUGAUGCACUCCCUGCUCAGCAGUUGUGCCGAUUGGGUCCUGAUGGGACCAGGACGUGCUCUCGCCUACCUUCUGGUCGAUGCCGGAUACGACGUUUGGUUGGGAAACGCCCGUGGCACACGCUACUCUCGCCGGCACAUCCGAUUACGUCCGGACCGAUCAGCACGCUACUGGAGUUUCAGUUGGCAUGAGAUCGGCUUGUACGACGUCCCGGCCAUGAUCGAUCACGUGCUAGCUGUUACUGGCCAACCGCGGGUACACUACGUCGGUUUUUCCCAGGGAACGAUGGUGUUGUUCGUGCUGCUGUCCGAGAGACCAGAAUACAACGCCAAACUGAUCGACAUGCAGGCCCUCUCGCCAUCCGUUUACAUGUACCGGCUUGAGGGUCGACUCGUGCGAACGUUUGUCCGGUUGGCUGAUCCGCUUGUAGCAGCCGUGGACGCGGCUGGUCGGCAUGAGAUCCUGCCGAAUCAACGCUUCCUGGCACCACUCGUGCAGCUUAUCUGCAGGAACGCUAAUGUGACCGCUUGUCGGGAGCUUCUGUACGACGUAGCCGGUAAAAACCCAUCCCAGGUAGACGACAAGAUGGUUCGAGUUUUCCUGGGACAUUUUCCGGCCGGUGCGUCCUUACGCCAACUGCACCACUUCUCACAGAUCAUCCGGACGGCUCGAUUCGCUCGGUACUCCACUGGGAGUCCAGCUCCGCUUUACAACCUGACUCGGGCCACAGUGCCUGUCGUGGUGUACUACGGCAUGAACGAUCACGUCGUUAACUUCCGCGACGCACUGCAGUUAGCCGACGAAGUGCCCAAUCUGGCCGGAGUCUACCGGAUCGCCGAUGGGCGCUUUACCCACAGUGACUUCAUUCUGGCGAAGAAUGCCGCCCGGCUUCUGAACGCUCAUCUGCUCCACCAACUGGACCGAUACGAUCGGCAGGCACUGAUGGAAGUCGCAGCAACGCCGUCGUUCGAGUUUUCACCGCUAGGUGGCUGCGGUGCCCAACCGGAGGACACGAACGAUAUCGGCAGCUAUUUUGCGAUCAAUGUCGAAGACGGCGCCCUGCGUACGCCGGAGUUGAUCGCUAAGUAUGGCUAUCCAGUCGAGAGCCACGAGGCAACGAGUGCUGACGGUUACAUAAUAGCCCUCACGAGGAUUCCUCCCAGGAAGCAGCGCCAUCGGUUGCCUAUCCUGCUGGUGCACGGGUUGCUUGCCAGUUCGGCCGAUUUUCUGAUCAUCGGACCAAACAACAGCCUCGCCUACCUGCUGGCUGACCAGGGCCACGACGUUUGGUUCGCGGAUAUGCGUGGAAAUCGAUACUCACAACGGCACACCCGACUCAGCACUGACUCGCCCGAAUACUGGGACUUCACCUGGCACGAGAUGGGCUACUACGAUCUGCCGGCUGUGAUCGACUAUAUCCUGCGGCGUUCCGGUACUCAACAGUUACACUACAUCGGCCACUCGCAGGGUACUACCGUGUUUUUUGUGAUGGCCGCCAGUAGGCCUGAGUACAACGACAAGAUCGCACAUAUGUACGCUCUCUCGCCGGCGGUAAAUGUCAGGCGUGUUCGAAGUCCGGCAGUGCGUUGGAUGCUCGACCACGUGCUUCAAAUCAAGGAGCUGCUCGACGCGCUCGGAGUACAGCAGUUCCUGCCUCACGGAGACCGGCAGUACGAGCUUUCGCGACUUCUUUGCCCGAUCAGCGAUCACGACAACGUCUGCAUGCAGGUCAUCAGCAUGACCGUUGGUCCGAAUCCGAAAAUGGUGGAUAUGAUCGCGAUGCAGAUUCUGACCGGACAUGAUCCGGCCGGUGCAUCCGUCAAACAGCUGCUACACUACGCUCAGCUGCAUCGUUCGGGACAGUUCCGGCAGUACGAUUACGGUCGGCGAAACAACACCGAGCGGUACAGCCACUGGAAGCCACCGGCGUACAAUCUGACCGCGGUCACGGCACCGGUGACGAUCUUUUACGCGCUCAACGACUGGUUGAUCGAUCCGCGGGACGUGAUGCGAUUCGCUCGACAGUUGCCGGUUCUGCCAACGAUGCACCUGGUGGAGGACGAGAACUUCAAUCAUCUCGAUUUCACGAUGGCCAAAAAUGCGCGUCCCAUGGUGUACGAGCGUAUACUGGGUGAUCUUGACCGACGGGAACGUAUCCAAUCGAAAACUGGCCGCGCAUGA